UUUGGCUACGUUUCUUAUUGAAGCCGGCGUUGUCAUUCAACAUCAUCGUGUGAAUGUGUGUGUGUGUUAUUCAGUAGAAAAUUCUGAUGGAAAUCUUGAUAAAAAACUGAGAAAAAUUAACGUUAAUUUGACCAUCGUCAUUAUUUUUUGUGUGUAAAUAAGUUUAGUGGCCAUUUUUUCUCAUAAUCAUUAUCAUUUUACUAUUAAAAAAAAGUGUCUGUAUAUUAUAUAUUAUUACAGAUCCAACAAGUUGUAAAAAUCGAAGUACAAAAAAAAAAUACAAUGCCUGGUCCGGUAUCAUUACAGAAAUUAAUCGAAACAACACCAUUUUUCUUGAUAAUUCAAGCAUUAGCCAUUGCCAUUGUAACAUGGUAUUGGUUUUGGUAUCGUUCAAAUUCAAAACGUCAUCGUCAUCAGGAUCGUCAAUUGACAGCUGAGGAACUCGAAAAAAUACAAUCAUGGCAACCAGAACCAUUAGUACCGGAUUAUGAUCAUAAUCAUUUUGCCUUAAAUCCAAGAAUCAUAUCUUCAAUGUAUGGAAAAUAUUUGAUUGUUGAUGGUAAAAAAUGUUUGAAUCUGGCUACACAUAAUUAUCUUGGUUUGGCCGAAGAUCGUGAUUGUAUUGAUGAGGCUGUGAAAGCUGUAAAAAAAUAUGGUGUUGGCAGUUGUGGUCCACGUGGAUUUUUCGGCACUGUUGAUAUUCAUCUAAAAUUGGAACAAGAAAUUGCUCGUUUCAUGCAAACCGAAGAAGCAAUACUUUAUUCAUAUGGUUAUGCUGCCAUUUCAAGUGCCAUUCCAGCCUAUUCAAAAUCGAAUGAUGUCAUUUUUGCCGAUGAGGCUGUCAGUUUUGCUGUUCAACAAGGUCUCAUUGCAUCUCGAUCUCGAAUUGAAUUUUUCAAACAUAAUGAUAUGGAUGAUUUAGAACGAUUAUUGGAUGAACAAUUAAAAUGGGAUUUAAAAAAUCCUAAAGAAGCAAAAAGAAUCUCACGUUUUAUGGUCGUUGAAGGUUUAUACAUUAAUGCUGGUGAUAUUUGUCCAUUGGCUAAAAUCAUUGAAUUAAAACGCAAACAUAAAGUUCGUUUAUUCAUCGAUGAUACCUGUGCAUUUGGUGUACUUGGCAAAAAUGGUCGUGGUAUUGUUGAACACAGUGGUUGCAGUUUAGAUGAUGUGGACAUGAUUGCCGCUAGUCUUGAAUAUGCAUGUGCUUCAUAUGGGGGUUUUUGUACUGGUACUAUAUUUGUUAUCGAUCAUCAACGUCUUUCUGGUUUAGGUUAUUGUUUCAGUGCAUCAUUACCACCAUUGCAAGCAGCAUAUGCUUUAAAAGCUAUUGAAAAGAUACAAAAAUCACCUGAAACAUUGGUUCAAUUACGUGAUAAUUGUAAACGAAUGGAUGAAUUAUUACGUUCAUAUCGAUCAUUGAUCACUGUUGGUGGAUUGGAUAUCUCGCCUAUCAAACAUCUUCGUUAUACACGAACUAUUGAUGAAUGGCUUGACGAUGAACGAUGUCCUGAUUAUAUGGAACAGAUCGAUAAUUUAAUGGCAAAUAAUAGCCAAAAUAGUAUUUCCACUCAUUAUCGAUUGGAUACUAUGCGAUUGGAAAAAAUUGUCGAUUAUGCAUACAAUCGUGGUUAUGGUUUGACCGUUGCUCGUUAUCUUGAACGUGCUGAACAUAAACUUCCAAAUCCAAGUAUACGUUUGAUUAUUAAUUCAUUAUUAACUAGCCAAGAAUUGGAAAAAAUAGCCACUAUAUUGGUCGAGAUAUUCGAUGACAUUGAGAAGGAAUUUUUUAAUGGAAAAUUUUUCCACAAAUCAAAUGAACGUUCCAAUAUUGAAUGAAUCGUGCCAUUUGGACCACUAAAUCCGAUAACAAACAAGUAAACAAACAAACAAAACCAUACUUACUUAGUCCAAUUUCAUAUCUCAAAUUUAAAUUUAAAUUUAAUCAUCAAGUAUUAUUAUUAUCAUGAACAUUUUUUGGCUUAAUUUUUGUUUUCAACUAACAAUCUGUAAAAUGAAUAAAUCUAUUACAAUAUUUCAUGCUUACAUAUUGAUUGAUAUUAUCAUCAAUUAUCGCUGCCUUGUCACACAAAUCUUGAUAUCACUAUGCUAUGCUAUGUGUAAUGUAUAUGUGGAUAAAGAGGAAAAAUUUUUGUUAAAAAAAACUUGAAAAGAAAAAUAAAAUUUAUUAUUGAUUGA